AAGGUAAAGACUAAAGAAACUCUCAGAUCUCUGCAAUGCACUGUGAGAAAGAAGAAGAGAAGAGGUUCAAUGGGUCAAAUUUUCUCUAUUUUUUUGUCUAUUUUUAGAGUUAGAGAAGACAGAAAUGAUCACUGCCUGCCCACCUCUCUUGAAUCUUUACUGUUAGAUGGAGGAGGAGAUGACAAUCCCUGCUUGGAUAUUGUCAUUCACUCAAACAUUAGCACGGAAUUGCAACAAGAUGUGGAAGAAAACAAGCAGGAUUCUAUACACACGCAGGAUUUAGACUCUAUAGUUGAGAUACAAGAAAAAGAUGGGGAUGGGAAGAGGGAAGAAGAUAGGUGGAUACAGCACUAUUGCAGUUCCCAGAAGAUGUUGUUGGUUGGUGAAGGAGAUUUUUCAUUCUCUGCUAGUUUGGCAAAGGCUUUUGGUUCAGCCAGCAACAUGAUAGCUACUUCUCUCGACUCCAGAGUUGACGCAACUGAAAUGGCAAAUCAUUCCUCACUUGAAGGCAUAAAAUUUGAUCGAAUCGUUUACAACUUUCCUCAUGCUGGUUUUUUUGCCAAUGAAACAAGUGAAUCACAGAAAAGCCGGCAUCAGAUGCUGAUAUCGUUGUUUUUCAAGAAUGCUGCACAGAUGAUACAUGGGGAUGGAGAAGUUCAUGUUACACAUAAAUCACGUGGCUUCUUUCUUGAUUGGAAUUUAAAACAUCUAGCCUCCACUGCUAGGUUACAGCUCAUGGAAGAGGUGCCCUUUAAUUUCACUGAUUAUGAGGGCUACCACACCAAGUAUGGCUUUGGUGGUGACAAGAAUUUCAACUGCAAUCCCUGCAAAACUUACAAAUUUAGACUCCAGCCACCAGAAUCUCCAACAGCAUCAUCCACAACCACAACCACUGUUAAUGCUCACCAUAAAAUGGCAUUUGCAAUUUAACUUUAAGUCAGUGCUUGGUUGUCUUUCUUGUUAGUAUAGUUCCUUUAAUCCAGGAACCAUGCCUCUAGAUAUUUUAUAUAUGCAAAGGGUUUGAUGGAUUAGGUGGAGUUGUAAGAACAAACAUCACUUAAUGUU